GGGACGGGGUGGGGACCGGCCAUGUCGGAGGUGACCCGGAGUCUGCUGCAGCGCUGGGGCGCCAGUUUUAGGAGAGGCGCCGACUUCGACUCCUGGGGCCAGCUGGUGGAGGCGAUAGACGAGUAUCAGAUAUUAGCAAGACAUCUACAAAAGGAGGCCCAGGCUCAGCACAACAAUUCUGAAUUCACAGAAGAACAAAAGAAAACUAUAGGCAAAAUUGCAACAUGCUUGGAAUUGCGAAGUGCAGCUUUACAGUCCACACAGUCCCAAGAAGAAUUUAAACUGGAGGACCUGAAGAAGCUAGAACCAAUCCUAAAGAAUAUUCUUACAUAUAAUAAAGAAUUUCCAUUUGAUGUUCAGCCUGUCCCAUUAAGAAAAAUUUUAGCACCUGGUGAAGAAGAGAAUUUGGAAUUUGAAGAGGAUGAAGAAGAGGGUGGUGCUGGAGCAGGGUCUCCAGAUUCUUUUCCUGCUAGAGUUCCUGGUACUUUGUUACCCAGGUUGCCGUCAGAGCCAGGAAUGACCUUACUCACUAUCAGAAUUGAGAAAAUUGGUCUGAAGGAUGCUGGGCAAUGCAUCGAUCCCUAUAUUACAGUCAGUGUGAAGGAUUUGAAUGGCAUAGACUUAACUCCGGUGCAAGAUACUCCUGUGGCCUCAAGAAAAGAAGAUACAUAUGUUCACUUUAAUGUGGACAUUGAGCUCCAGAAGCAUGUUGAAAAGUUAACCAAAGGUGCAGCUAUCUUCUUUGAAUUCAAACACUACAAGCCUAAAAAGAGGUUUACCAGCACCAAGUGUUUUGCUUUCAUGGAGAUGGAUGAAAUUAAACCUGGGCCCAUUGUAAUAGAACUAUACAAGAAACCCACUGACUUUAAAAGGAAGAAACUUCAAUUAUUGACCAAGAAGCCACUUUAUCUUCAUCUACAUCAAACUUUGCACAAGGAGUGACCCUGAUACGAAUAACCUGGAACUUCUGUGAAUUCUGUCGCUCAGUAGAAACCAUGAUAGCUCUGUGUAGCAUGUUCACCCUUUAACAGACAGGAAAUGAGCCUACCAUGCCAGUGGCCUACAAGGCCAUUGCAGAACUCUACAGAACCCAGAGUUCAGCACACCACUGACCUGUGAGACUCCUUUGGAUACAGGUUUAUUGUAGAUUCUGACACGUAUGUUUGACUUUUCUGUUAGUUGUGCCGUUGUCUGUUUUCUCACUACCACUACACUCCUACCUUUGUCCUGGAACAGUGCUGAGUGGUAGAGGUGUGCCGAUCUUCACACUAAUGAAGCAAUAAGAAUGUGCUAGAGUUUACACUCCUGCCCACUUCUGCUCCAGUGUGCCCUCUUGGUUAUUUUGGGUUGAGGUGGGUAGACUAGUUCUGAACUACUUUGAGAGGAGUUGGACCAGUUGCACUGCAAAGGAAUGUCUGUAAGUUUGUAAUCGGGGUGGUGUGACUUCACCCUGAUCCCGUGGUCCCCUGUUUAGAAAUAGCGUGCCUUGGCCACAUGAGAAUCCCAUCUGGAAUGUUCCCCAGUGGUAGCUUUGACUGUUUCCCGAUGACCAGAUUGUUUCUGAGUGAACGUUGCAGGUCAGAUGGAUUCACUGUUCGACACUGCAUUGCUAUUCUUUCUGAUGGAUUCUGGGGUAACAUUGGGGCCUUCUCAGAAUAAUGACAGAUUUUUAUGUGGAUGAAAUGUCUUCUAGAUUAUGUAAUCUAAGAACAUUUGAGUUAGAUGCUAAUGAGAUCUUGCAGGAGUAACUGCUGUUUUCCGACCAUUGUGAAACCUUAAAUGCCGCAUACCUCUUCUUACAGUGAUGAGUAUGCAAAAUCUGGAAAAGAUAGUCUAUUUUUUUUAUAUAGGUAGAUAAGAUUGCCAUGUAUUUCCUUUGUAGAUAUAUUGACAUCCAUAUGAAAACAUGCAGGUCAUUAGCUUAUUUUAAAUAUACUAUUUACAUUACUUUUGACUUAACAAUUAGGGAUAAAUAAAACUUUGAAAGCACCUAAGAGGUGGAUAUUUGUUACAGAACAUUAAGAUUGUGAUGGGCUUUCUGUGGGUUAGGUACACAACUGCAUUUCAAUAUUCCCUUUAAAUGAGCAGUGUGUGAGGGGCUGCAGUCUUUUAAACUAGUGUAAUGGCCCCCAUAUCAUUCAGUGCAUUUGCCUUGUAAAAUAUGCUCCAUAAUUUAACCCUCACUCCUCAAGAGCGCUAGUCUUUACUUUCCGUUGUCUACUAGGUCAGUUGUUUACUAGAUAAAUAUUAAUAAAAACCAUAAUGAGCCUGAAAGAAUUUGCCACCAAAUUAAGUCUUGCCUUUCAUCUUGGAUUAAUUUCAAGUGCUACAGUAAUUCAACCUAUAAUAAAUAGCUCCAGAGGAAGAUGAA